AUGAGCGAAGCUUUCGACAUCACGGGCCCUUCGGACCCACCUCCACCUCAUUAUUCUUGUUUUCCCUCUCGGGGAGAGGCCAUUAUCGACCAUUCUCCUCGACUUGGCUCUCAGAUUCCCACCGGCACGUUUUUGAAACAUCGAGGAAACAUUACCGUCGUGUUGACAGAGCAAGAAGAUGGUACUGCUACUCCGUCCUAUGGUCGGGGAGGGAAUAUUCAAGGUGGCAUACUGCUAGAGAGACCUGAAGAUGUCUGUCAAGUAAAAAUAAAGGUUGAAGGGAAACUGGAUUUUAUGGGCUCCUCUAGUGGUGCCCGGUCGUUUUCUACCCUUUCCCGCAGUGUUACCCUAUGGGAUUGCGACCAGCAAGAAGACGUGACGUGCUCGACUUCUUUGCCUUUUUCUCUGUUCCUGCCGCUCAGAUUUGAAGACAAUGGCCAGAGUUAUCCCCUCCCACCUAGUUUCCAGUAUUAUCAUUCUGGUAUUCCUGGGCUACUGGUCACGUCGGUCUAUACUCUCGUUGUUUCUGUAGCGUGCGUCCGCCGUCCGAGACUGCUGCUUCCCGACAAAACAGAGACUCUCCGUAUUCUGUUCACUUAUUUCCCCAGAGCUCGACCGGAACGACCGACGUUAUCCAUUCCUCUUUUCUCCGGCAUCAAGUCGUCUCCCGAAGAAUGGACGCAAACACUUGUCACUAUGAAGACAAAGGUUAACACAAGGAUUUGCCCAGUUCAAUGCAAUUUAUUUGUACCAUCCGUCCAAACAUUCGCCAUCUCUGAUAUCAUUCCCUUCCACGUGCAACUAACCGGUCCUCUCGCAUCGCUUCAAAAGCUCUUCUCUACUCACCCAAGCUUUUCGGGAGUACAGGACGUUCUUAGUCUCUCUAUCUGCCGACAAGUCUCAGUUGAAGUCCGUGGAAUACGUUCAUAUCAAACUAUGAAGACCGGUGAAGGGAAGAUUCGCUCUGUACCACCGUAUCCGAGGGGCUGUCGCAAUCCAUGUAGUGAUGGUACUAGCCAAGAUGAUCAUCUAGACUGGGAGGGUGAAGUAAAGUGCAAAUCAAAUGUUACAGUGGGCGGGUUCAGUGCCGCGGGUGUCUCGGUGAAGGAUUACAUUGUGAUUUCGCUGAAGCCUCCUUCCGAGUCGCCCUUCCUUUCCGCAGAAGGCUGCAUUCCAAUCCUGCUAGUUACGGACACUUGGGCAAACGUUCCGAAUGACAAUUGAACUCGAUUCACUUCAAUACUCGUACAAGGUUGCAGUUCAUGUUUUACAGGGAUUUACCAUGGAGUACCCGGGGGGAACACCAUUGGGGUGGAUACUUCCUUCCGUUUGUCGGUGCCGCACAAGAGCUCGACAAAAGUCAAAGCAAAGGGGAAUGUGGUGCCUUUGUUAUAGUUGUCAAUGCCAGCUGGGGAAGAUGUCGGCGGUCUUACCUGGACCGCGGCUAAGGGAGAUGUGUGAUUUACGAGUUUAGGAACUGAUAUGACGUGUGCGCCUACCUAGUUACUAAAUUGUCCGAGACGACAACUGGCUCGUCAGAAUAGUCGAAGUCU